AUGAAGACGAGGAGUGGGCGAGAGCAGAGAGGUGUCAGAGUCCAGGAGGAGAAAGCUCCUUCCAGGAAACAAACAGGAAGAAAGAGGUACAUAUAUUGCCGCUGUCAGCAUUGCGACAAAGCUGUCACUUCAGAUAGAGAUCUAAAACGUCACCUACUCAUUCACACUGGAGAGAAGCCGCACAGAUGUGACCAAUGUGGGAAAACAUUUACUCAAGACAUUAAUCUAAAAGUGCACCGGCGCAUUCACACUGGAGAGAAGCCAUUCAGCUGUGACCAGUGUGGGAAAACUUUCACUACAAGCAGUAAUCUAAAAAAGCACCAACACAUUCAUACUGGAGAGAAGCCGUACAGCUGUGAUCAAUGUGGGAAAGCUUUCGCUCAAGACAGUAAUCUAAAACGACACUGCUGCAUUCACGCUGGAGAGAAUCCGUACAGGUGUGAUCAAUGUGGGGUAAUUUCCGCACAUGAAAAUGAUCUAAAACGACACCACCGCAUUCACACUGGAGAGAAGCCAUUCAGCUGUGACCUAUGUGGGAGAACUUUCGCUCAAUACAGUCAGCUAAAAAGCCACAGACGCAUUCACACUGGAGACAGGCUGUACAGCUGUGAGCACUGUGGGGAGGCUUUCACUCAAGACGUUACUCUAAAAAGACACCAACUCACUCACACCAGAGAGAAGCCGUACAGGUGUGAGCAGUGUGGGACAACUUUCACUCAAGACGGUUCUUUAAAAAGACACCAACGUAUUCAUACUGGAGAGAAGCCGUACAGGUGUGAGCAGUGUGGGAAAACUUUCACUCAAGACGGUUCUCUAAAAAGACACCAACGCAUUCACACUGGAGAGAAGCCGUACAGGUGUAAGCUCUGUGGGAAAAGUUUUGGUCAAAACGGCGAUCUUAAAGUCCACCAACGCAUUCACACUGGAGAGAAGCCUUACAGCUGUGAGCACUGUGGAAGAACUUUUGCUACAAACAGUCAUCUAAUAAUGCACAGACGCAUUCACACUGGAGAGAAGCCGUACAAGUGUGAGCAAUGUGGGAAAACUUUCGCCAAAGUCGGUAAUCUAAAAAUCCACCAACGCUUUCAUACUGGAGAAAAGCCGUACAGCUGUGAGCAAUGUGGGAAAACUUUCACUCGUGACAGUACUCUAACAAACCACAGAAGCAUUCACACUGGAAAUAAGCCUUACUGGUGUGGGCAAUGUAGGAAAUUUUUCGCCAAUGCCAGUACUCUUAAAAACCACCAACGCAUUCACACUGGAGAGAAGCCGUACAGGUGUGCGCGGUGUGGGAAAAGGUUCACUCAUUCCAAUUCACUAAAAUACCACCAACGCAGUCACUGAACAUAAUACUGAACAUGUUUUAUAGACUGUUUAGCAGUGUCCCCCUGCCUUCUCUCCACACCUGUAAUAACAGUGUUGUUCCAUCCUGAGCUUCUCCACAAACUGAGAGCUACCAACUGUUAUUUUAGAAUCAGCAUAUAUGCCAUUAGCUGCCCACGUGACCAAAUUUAUUGAAUGUUAUUUUGAGGCAAUUGAAACAUCUGGGUGGGGUUGUUGCA